AUGUUAGAAAAGUUUUUGGGAGCUCAGAGGGCGCGAAGAUUCCAGAGAGCUCUCAGGCAUUGCAGGGUCACGAUCCUCUGUUUGGUCCUCACCAUUGUUGUCCUGCGCGGCACCAUCGGCGCCGGGAAAUUCGGCACGCCGGAGCAGGACUUCGUCGACAUUCGCGACCGCUUCUACACCCGCAAGCUUCCCGAGCACAACCACCUCCUCGGCCAGCUUCAAUCCACGACGUCGUUUUCCUCUUCCUCUUCUGACGAUUCCACUUCCACCACUAACUACAACGCCUUGGACAUCAACACCAUAUUGGUCGACGAACCGGAAGACGAGAACCGGGAGAAAGUGAACCCAAACGAGCCGUAUCGUCUCGGCCCCAAAAUAUCGACCUGGGACGAACAACGGUCUCGCUGGCUUCGUGAGAACCCCAAUUUCUCUAAUUUCGUUCGGCCCAACAAGCCUCGUGUGCUUCUGGUAACUGGGUCGUCGCCGAAACCGUGCGAGAAUCCCGUUGGGGAUCAUUACUUGUUGAAGUCUAUUAAGAAUAAAAUUGACUAUUGUCGUUUGCAUGGGAUUGAGGUGUUUUACAACAUGGCUCUCCUUGACGCUGAGAUGGCAGGGUUUUGGGCCAAGCUUCCUUUGAUUCGAAAGCUUCUCUUGUCUCACCCUGAGGUGGAGUUUCUAUGGUGGAUGGAUAGUGAUGCCAUGUUCACGGACAUGGCGUUUGAGGUGCCGUGGGAGAGGUAUAAGGACCAUAACUUGGUGAUGCAUGGGUGGGAUGAGAUGGUUUAUGACGACAAAAAUUGGAUUGGGCUGAACACUGGGAGUUUUUUGUUGAGGAAUUGUCAGUGGUCUUUGGAUAUUCUUGAUGCUUGGGCUCCAAUGGGGCCUCUAGGGAGGGUUAGGGAUGAGGCUGGGAAAGUUCUCACACGUGAGCUUAAGGAUAGGCCUGUUUUUGAGGCUGAUGAUCAAUCUGCAAUGGUUUAUCUGCUGGCUAAGGAGAGGGACAAGUGGGGUGAUAAGGUUUAUCUUGAGAACGGUUAUUACUUGCAUGGUUAUUGGGGAAUUUUGGUUGAUAAGUAUGAGGAGAUGAUUGAGAAUUACCAUCCUGGCCUUGGGGACCAUAGAUGGCCCUUGGUGACUCAUUUUGUGGGGUGCAAGCCUUGUGGGAAGUUUGGGGAUUACCCUGUUGAGAGGUGCUUGAAACAAAUGGAUAGGGCCUUCAAUUUUGGGGAUAAUCAGAUAUUGCAGAUUUAUGGGUUCACCCAUAAGUCGUUGGCUAGUAAGGGAGUUAAGAGAAUACGGGAUGAGACCAGCAAUCCCCUUCAGGUCAAGGAUGAACUUGGGUUGCUUCAUCCAAGCAUUUAA